UCAUUAAGCUCGCCAUUGAAUGAAAGCCAACGCCAAUUAUCUCACGAUUACAUUAAUUUGUGGACAUAUUCUGCCCGCAAAUACCUCUUAAGUGUGGGGAAACGGGUGAACAAGUCGGUGGAGUGGGAUCAGUCACCCCUGUGUGUCGGCGCCUCGUACGACAUAAUUGACAAUUUAAUUACAAUACCCAUUGGUUUACUUCACCCGCCUUUCUAUGACAGCAAAAGACCGGCGUAUGUCUCAUAA